ACACGUGUGAGAUUUCCGUCGUCUGCAGAUUGUCUUUUUUGUCUGCUGUUUGUAGUUUGUAUCAAACUUUUCGAGGGGAUUGAAAGGUUUAGCAGCUUUAUUCUUCAAUAAUUAAUUUCGGAAAUCAGCAACACAUCUCUGUUCCAGGAUUUAUGUGCAACGUCUGAAAAACUAACACCACAGAAUGGUCCGAAAACUAAAGUAUCAUGAACAGAAAUUGUUGAAAAAAGUAGAUUUUAUCUCCUGGAAGCUUGACAACAAUGUUCAUGAAGUGCAAAUUCUUAAAAGAUACCGAAUUCAAAAAAGAGAUGAUUACACAAAGUACUGCACACUUGUAAUGCAUGUAAAAAAGUUGGCAAACAAGAUAAAGGAGCUCGACCCCAAAGACCCUUUCAGAGUGGAGUGCAGCGCUGCUCUUUUGGAAAAACUAUAUUCCAUGGGUUUAAUUCCAACCAAGUGGUCCCUUGAUCUUGUUUCCAAAAUAACAGCAUCCUGCUUCUGUCGAAGAAGACUUCCUGUGGUCAUGGUUAGGGCAAAGAUGGCAGAUUCCAUCAAAACUGCAACUACAUUUGUGGAACAAGGACAUGUCAGAGUUGGUCCUGAAGUGGUAAAAGACCCAGCAUUUCUUGUUACCAGAAACAUGGAGGAUUUUGUGACCUGGGUAGACUCCUCAGCUAUUAAGAAACAUAUUAUGGAAUACAACGAGAUGAGAGAUGAUUUCAAUAUGGCUUGACUUGUUUGACGAAAUGCAACUUGUAUGGAAAUACAUCCCGUUUUCUAUCUACUAAA